AUGAAAAAGGAUUUGCUGUGUUCCUUACAUGUCUUGGCUUUGGAACACUAUCUACCCUCGCAUGAUGAAAAUGGUGAAUUCCAUAUACCCUAUCCACCAACCAGUGAAGUUUAUGUCUUCAAUCGUUAUGGACAACAUGUGGCUACCAAAGAUUUAGCCUCUGGCAAGACACGCUAUAGUUUUCUAUAUUCCAAAAAUACCUCAUUUGGUCGCUUAUCAACAGUAACAGAUGCUUCCGGCAAUAAAAUACAAUUCCUAAGAGACUACAGCAAUGUUGUAAGCUCGAUCGAAAACACACAAGAUCAUAAGUCGGACAUACAAAUCAAUGGUAUUGGUAUAAUGACCAAAUUAACGGAAAAGGGCAGACAAGAAAUUGAAUUAGACUAUGACAGCAAUACUGGUCUAUUGAACUCUAGAUCAUCGGGUGGUGAAACCUAUAUCUAUCAAUAUGAUGAGUUUGGUCGUGUUACUGGUAUGAUUUUGCCAAGUGGUGAAAUUGUUAGAAUCACCUCACAAUUGGCUGAUAACAAAGGCUUGACUGUUUAUGUUCAUGCCUCGGUGGAGUCUUUGUUCUCACGAGAGAAGGGAGAUACCAAUGAAUUGUUGGUGUUGGGUGGUGUGAGAUCUACUUUCAUGAAGAAGGGUCAAGAGAAUGCUGAUGCUGAAAUAAAACCCAACAAUACCUUGGUCAUUCAUAGUUCAAAUGGCGUAAUAGUGGAAUCCUCAGCAGUGGCUCGUCAUCCUUUACUAGAAGCCGCUCUGCCUGUAGAAGCUGAAAUGUUGGCAAUGUGGUCUCAUCAAAGUGUUACCAUGGGUGAAGGUUUAACCAACAAUAUGUACUCUGUCUAUAACUUGGUGGGAGAUGUACGCAAUCCUCAACAAACUUUGAAUAGAGAAAUAUGGGUUAAUCAAUCGAGAGUUAUUGGUGUAGAAUUUGAUCAGUUUACUAAUCGAGAAACUUUCUAUGAUAUGAACCGCACUCCUAUUUUGAUAGUGGCCUACGAUCAGUCGGGUUUGCCUAAGUCGUACUACCCCACUAAUGGUUAUCCUGUUAAUAUGACCUAUGAUCGCUUCAAUCGUAUUGAGGGUUGGGCUUGGGGUCCUGCUGAAUUGAAAUAUUCCUAUGACAGGCAUGGUUUACUCUCGGAAAUCACCUCACAACAAGAUGGUAUUAUUUCGUUUGUUUACAAUGACUGGAAUUUGGUAUCCGAAAUUGGUUUGGCUUCGCAACGCAAAUUUGUUUUGCAAUAUGAUGAAUCAGGAGGCUUGAGACAUGUUACAUUACCUUCCGGCACCAAACAUUCCUUCAGUAUGCAGACUUCCAUCGGUUUCAUCAGAAAUACUUAUACUCCCCCUGGUAGCACUAAACCUUAUCUACAACAUUAUAGUCAUUCGGGUGCUUUACUACAGACUAUAUUCCCUGGUGAUGGUGCUCGUAUUGUGUAUCGUUAUAAUGCUGCUGGUCAGUUGACGGAAAUUGUCCAUGGUGAUGGUAAAAGUGAAUUUAUUUAUAAUGAAGCUACUGCCAUGCCUUCUACAGUGUCGCACACUGAACGAGAAUUGGAAUAUCGAUGGGACUUUGAAUAUACCGGAGGUUUAUUGAGCGAAGAACGCAUUGAUUUUAUAGCCAAGACCGGUUUGAGUAAUGCCAAAUUUACCUAUGAGUAUGACACCGAUUUUCGUGUUAUAUCUAUACAAGGGCGCAUUGGAGGCCAGAAUUUACCGGCACAAAACUUUGCUUAUGAUAUGCGCACUGGGCAACCCAGCAUGAUUGGCCAGUUCAAACUCAUGCAUCCUUUGUUGAAUCAAACUCAAGUUUAUGAUGGCACUGCCAGUUUUACACGCACUGUCGAUGGCCGUUUCAUGACCCAGAAGGUCACCUUGGCCAUACAUCGUUUGGAAGUCUUCCGCAUGGAAUAUUCAUUUGGUGUUCACGGACGCAUAACCCAGACUAGAACCUACACUAGAAAUAUGGCUGUCAAUACCUAUACAAAUGUAAAGAAUUAUACCUGGGAUUGUGAUGGUCAACUGAUAGGGGUAGAGGCUCAAGAACCUUGGGGCUUCCGUUAUGAUGACAAUGGCAAUUUAUUGUCGUUAACUUAUCGUGGAAACACCAUACCCAUGGAAUACAACAACCAAGAUCGUAUCGUCAAGUUUGGUGAGGGUCAAUAUAAAUAUGAUACCCGAGGUCUGGUGGCUCAAAAUGCUAGAGAAGAGAGGUUCUACUAUAAUACACAAGGUUUGUUAGUUCGAGCCACCAAGAGAGGACGUUUUGAUGUGCGCUACUACUAUGAUCAUUUGAAACGUUUGGCCACACGUAAAGAUAACUUUGGUAAUGUUACCCAAUUUUUCUAUAAUAAUCAACAAAGGCCCUAUGAAGUUUCCCAAAUUUAUUCACCCAGAGAUGGCAAAUUAAUGUCUUUAACUUAUGAUGAUGUGGGUCAUUUAAUUUAUGCUCAGGUUUAUAGGCAUAAAUACUAUGUAGCCACCGAUCAGAGUGGUACUCCCAUCAUGAUCUUCAAUCAAUAUGGUGAAGGUAUCAGAGAAAUAAUGCGUUCACCAUUUGGCCAUAUAGUCUACGAUUCCAAUCCCUAUUUGUAUCUGCCUAUAGAUUUUUGUGGCGGCAUACUGGAUCAAGUGACCACCUUGGUGCAUAUGGCUGAUGGUCGUGUUUAUGAUCCUCUAAUAGGCCAAUGGAUGGCGCCUAAUUGGGAAAAUGUUAAGGAACGUAUAACCACUCCCACCAAAAUGCAUUUGUAUAGAUUUAAUGGCAAUGAUCCUAUCAAUGUGGGUCACGAUCGCAAUUAUCCCGCCAAGUUUAAGGAUUGGAUGAAGACCAUAGGUUUCAAUGUGGAAAAUUUGGUGCCUCAGCUAAGUCGCAAUCUAUGGGAGCAACCUUCAUUAUGGGGUAGAGCGCCCUAUAAUCCUAUAGCGUUGGACCUUAAGAAACCCAUGUAUAAUGUACCCACCAUGGCAGUAGAAAGUGGUUUCUUAGCUCAUUUGAAUAUACGCCGUAUGUCCAACUUUGAGGACUUGAAUUCACCGCCCAAAUCAGCUUUGAAAUAUGAUGUUAUGACGCCAGGACCCAGAAAUAUAGGUUCCGAUACAGAGCCUCCUUUCGGUAAAGGCAUUGUGGUGUCCAGAACCGCAGAUGGUCAAGCCAUAGUAUCUAGUGUGCCAGCAGCAAAUGCCAUCUAUAGAGAUGUUUAUACCUCCGUCUUUAAUAGAUCCAAAUUGCUACCAUUUACCUUUGUGGUUCAUAAUGCCCAACAAGAUUCCUUCUUCUUUGUUAAGGAAGAACUGUGGCGAGCCAGUGAAGAUCGCCAGCAGCUGAAACGUUUGCAAGGACAAGUCAAUACCACUUUCCAUGAAAUCACAAGAGAAAAUGGCAGUGGCACUAACUAUCUAGAUGUGAAAAUCCAUGGUCUACAUGCCAUUAUCAAUUUACGCUAUGGUACUACAGUGGAGAAAGAGAAGCAAAGACUUAUGCAUCAUGCUAAACUGACAGCAGUACGUAAAGCCUGGCAUAGAGAGAAGGAAGCCUUGAAAACUGGACUAAAUACAGAAAUUGAAUGGAAUCAGCAAGAGAUUGACGAAAUCCUUAAACAAAACUAUGCCAAUAACUAUGAAGGAGAAUACAUACACGAUGUCACCCUGUAUCCAGAACUAGCCGAAGAUCCAUAUAAUAUAAAAUUCGUUAAAAGAAAAGGAGCGACCGGAGGAGCAGCCGGUGUACCCAAUGCACGCAAACGCAGAAGAAGAAGUAUACUUAAAGAUGAUGAAGAUAUAACAAUUAUUAAAACAGAAAUGAAACAAUUAAAACAGACAUCAACAGAUGAUAAUAAUGAUAAAGUGGAAAAUGUUCAACAACAAUCACAAUCAACAAGUGAGGCAGACAAGGAAAAACAACAGAAAAACACUAGUAAAGGUGUUGUGGCAACUUCAAAUUCAAAUGAAUGCUCGCAACACCAUAAAUGUUAGCUUAAAUUUUAAAAAUUUAUAUUAUAAAACUAUAAACAAAAAACCGAAAAAAAAUCACAAAAAUUAAUUUUGUUAUAAAUAUAAUAAUA